AUGUCGAGAUCUGAUGAAAUUGGCGUCCCUCUGAAACUUUUAAGGGAGUAUGAAAAUAAAAAAGUGGUGGUUGAUACAGCCACAGGUGAGGUAUUCACUGGGACUCUUCUUGAUUCCGAAGAUAAUAUGAGUUUAACUCUCACCAACGUCAAAGCGGUAUUCGCUAGUGGACAUGAAGUUGAAAUGAAUAGUGUCUACGUGAAAGGAGCUAAGAUCCGAUACAUCGGACUUCCAACUGAAGCACGAGACCGAGUUCAACAACUCAAUCGUGAAUGUCGACCCCCAAUGCGUGGAGGCAGAGGAGGUCGGGGUGGAAGAGGCGGCCGAUUUGGUGGUGGUGGUGGUGAUCGUCGUCGUUAUUAA